UAGGCCGCAGUCUGUUCUUUCGCCGUUGUCGGAACGAACAGAUGCGUUCAUUCUCCCUCAUCAGAUAGUCUUACGUCCACCUUCGAUCGCACCUGCGACGCCUCGUCGUCUGUUUCUCCGCCAUGGCGGUCAAUGCGUCAGCCUACGACCUUCCGCCGCUUCCCUCGUAUACGUUAACCCCCCGUGUGCCGGUUCUCGCCCCGAUUCCCGACAACUUCUUAGCCCUCAUCCUACCGAUCGUUGCCUACUGGGGCUUAUCGAUGAUCUUCCAUUAUAUCGAUGUCAACGACUAUUUCCCGCAGUACCGGUUACACACGCCAGCCGAACUCCUCAAGCGCAACCAUGUGUCACGAUGGGAGGUAGUGAGGGAUGUCGUCUUCCAACAGGUCGUGCAGACCAUUGCCGGCGUUUCGGUGUCGUACUUUGAUGAGCCGGAAUUCACCGGAAAAGAGGGUUACGAUGUUGCUGUAUGGGCUAGUCGUCUCCGUGUGCUGCAGAGGAGCUUCCCCUAUAUGCUUGGCUUGUUUGGUAUCGACGCAACAAGCUUGGCGAAGAAUUUGUCCCAGAAUGGCUAUACGAUGCUUGGUGGGGCUAUGGCGGGGGGAUACUAUCCCACCGUCACUCAGUCGAUGGUGUCGGAGAAUGGCGUGGAGGCCACAGUCCCCGCUUUCACUGGCUGGGAACUGGCGGCUGCCAGCCUCAUCUACUGGUACUUGAUCCCCGGGUUGCAAUUCGUCUGGGCUGUAUUUGUCAUCGACACAUGGCAGUAUUUCCUUCACCGUGCGAUGCACUUGAAUCGCUGGUUAUAUGUCACCUUCCACUCGCGUCAUCACCGCCUUUAUGUUCCCUAUGCGUUUGGUGCGCUCUACAAUCACCCUGUUGAGGGAUUCCUCCUGGACACCGCUGGUACUGGUGUUGCAUUUCUCACGGCCCACAUGAACAACCGGCAAGCGAUGUUCUUGUUCACCUUCAGUACCAUCAAGACGGUGGAUGAUCACUCCGGCUACCACUUCCCCUGGGAUCCCUUGCAGCACUUCACCUCGAAUAAUGCUGCGUAUCAUGAUAUCCAUCAUCAGAGCUGGGGCAUUAAGACCAACUUCUCGCAGCCGUUCUUCACCUUCUGGGAUGGCCUUUUGCAAACGCGAUGGAGGGGUGAUGUGACUUCCCGCUAUGAACGCUCCCGGAUCACCUCCCAGCAACAAGUAGAUCACGAGGCGGCUCAAGCCGCCGCGGCCAAAGCCGAUGUCGCGGCUUCUCCGGCGGUCGUUUCCCCUGAAAAUCCGCCCGACACCCGGUCCCGCCUGCGUCGCAAGGCCCCGAGUCUCUCGUCUCCCAGCGUCAAGGGGGUGAAUCACGGGGUGACCAGCAGUGUCUUAUAAAAUUAAUCCCCUAUGCUUCGUCGUUUAAAUUUCUCUUCUCUUGCCCAAGUAUUAAUUGUGUUUGGACCCGUGUCCAAAUUUGGGAGCUGCAGGGCGCCUCCUGACCACCAUAGGUCAAUACUGUCUUUUGCAUAUCUUACUGCUGUAUUAAUAAUCGGGCUGACCCAGACCGAUAGCCUAUAUUGUCACGAUCACUUUUACUGUACCUAGUUUCUAUAAUAUUCUUUGG